AGCUCAAAGAGGACAAUAGAGUGGGAAUAACAGAGUGCUAAAUAAUGGAGGUCCAGUCGGAGUGUGUGGAGCCUCCUGUGGCCACUCAGUGUGACCCCCAGCCUGCAGGGAAGAUCAACAAAGCUGCCUUCAAACUCUUUGGAAAGCGACGCACCGGCUCUGGAAUGGCUAGCUUCUUCUCAUUCAGGAACAAAGGAGCAAACACCGGAAACAACAGAAAUUGUGACAGUGGGAAUUCUUUGAAUGGAAAUGGCUCAGCAGCAUCGGUGGAGCUUGUUAGGAGCAAAACCCAUGAUGGACUAACAAGCUCUAACAACGACACUGAUGGACGAAGAGGAGAGGCGCUUGCUAGCCUGGAGGUAGGACCAGUGAGGUCUCUCAGCAAAUCGCUGAGUUUCUUCUCUUUACUCCGACGUGGGAGUUUUAGGUCGAGUGAAAAUGGAGGGGCAGGGCUUGUCAGAAGAGGGAGGGGCCUAAAGGGCUUUUUUAGCAACAUGCGAUGGAGGCGCAAAGAAAAAACAACUGAGGGAGAAGGGGAAGAGGUGGAAGGUAAGAAAGAGAAGGAUGGGGAUAUUGUAGACUCUGAAAUGGUAAAGGAUAUUACACUCACCCUUGAACCACCUCUGCACCAUCACCAAGAGGACUGUAGGAAUGCAGAGGCAGAAUUUAACCUCCAAGCAAUAGAGACUCCUGCUACUAGUGUUACCAUGACACCUCCACACUGUGUUGCCAUGCCAGGGCCAUCUCUUGAGCUAGACUCCUCCCUUCCUUACACACCCACUGACUCACCAUUGCACCCUCCCAUCCAAAAAGCCAAAGCCUCAGUUUCUAGUCUCACCCCCUCCCUUGUUACACUCCCCUUGGAUCGUUGUAGCACAGGCGACCCGCCCUCAGAACCAUCAGCUGACCGCCUCUGCUCUCUCCUCUUCACUGAUGUUACAUCCCUCAAGAGCUUUGAUUCACUGACAGGCUGUGGUGACAUUAUUGCUGACGCAGAUGAUGAGGGGCCAGUGGGUAAUGGGGGCAGCGGCACCAGCAGCAGCAGCAGUGGAGGAGGAGGGGGGAGUGUGGGAGCAGGUGCUGGGAGGGCUGUUGGUAUCACCGGUGCCAUAUCCCAUGGCUCACCAUCCAAAUCCUCUCUACCUACCCAGCUGACCCAGCCCAUGUUUUCAGUUUCCCCAAGCUCAGUGCCUGCUUCCCUCCCAGCCCGGGCCCGGGUGUCGCCUCCACCACAGCAGCACCCAGCUGGUAGUGGUGUGGUGGCUUACAUGGGUGGAGGGGAAGAAAUGGCAAGUCCAGAAGGAGUGGAUGAUGCUGACAUGCAGGGACUCUGGCACAUGCUCCCCUCCACAGGUGAUAACUCUCCUGCUUUAACCCGAUCACAUCAACCUCCUUCCACCAUGCAAACUUCCACUUAUCCCCCUUGUACCAACCCUCCCAGCCUUCCUUCAGCCCCCCGAAAUUCAGACAGAAAGUUACCCCAGGUGAAGGCACUGGGGCUCAGUAAGAUUCCAGUAGUUGGUGGAGCAGGAAGCAGAGCAGCUAACCUCCCCCUCCCUCACACACAUGGCCGUCAUCCCACAUCACCUGGUGAAAAAGAGCCACAAAGUGAUGAGGGCUACUGGGACACACCCUCAGCGACGCCCACAGCAACGCCUGAUGAGAGCGGGUUGCAGCGUAACCAAAAGAUAACUCUAUCACGUGACUGUUGCUCUGGAGACCACCUGUAUGACCUUUACAAUGACCCCGAAGAGGACGAAGAGGGUGAGGAGCAUGUAGAAGAUGUGGAUCUAAACAGUACUCCCCCAGCAUUUACUGAAGAUAAACGCAACCCCAUUUCAAAAACAACCUUUCCUUCCUCCUCCUCUUCUUCUUCCUCCUUCCAAUCAAUGAAAGGGAGCACCAGCCUUCCUCGGGAAUCCAAGAUCCCGGUAAGCACCAGACAAACCUCACCGCCCCACUCUGUAAGCCAGUCAGCCCUGUCGUCUGUUUUAGAGGAUGAAUCUCCUCCACCGAAGACCCGAGCACCUCCCCCGGCUCGCACCAGAAUCCCUGUAUCCAAGGUGCCAGUCCGUUGUUCUGUAAACAAACCAGGCAGUACAACCAGGGGAGCUGCCCAGAAGAAGUAGUUGCUGUGAAAUCGGUCCACUAAAACUCUAAGACUUGAGUGUGCAUCACUAUAGUGCCGUUUAUGCAGGGCUAAAAAAUUUCCCAGACAGAGGAAAUUACUGAGCUGUAGAUAACAGCCUAUAAAUUUCUGUCAAAUCUUUAGAGCUCUCGUUCUUUUGUGUUUUGGUUUACACCAGGCUCGAACAGAAUAGGUGGUUUUGUUCUCUUCAGGGAGUCAGGAGAAGGAUCCAAAAAGCACACUUCAUAGCCCUCACUGGAACUUUGGAGGUUGACUUGGAAUAGACACACUGGUCUUGUAACUUCCUGGACAAACUCCUGAUGCGCUGAGAAUUCAACCUCCACUUUGAUUCAGUUUGUAACUGCACACUGAAAAAAAAAAGAAAGAAAAUCAUCUUUAUAUCAUUUACAUUUUUCCUAUGGAAUUCCACGUGGUAUAAAUGAAUUUGCUCCUAAGAACCUAAUCUGAUAAGUUUUAUAUAAGUUUGUCAUUGUUACAAAUGACCCCCUAAGCCUCUGAUUGUAGAGCCAAAGUUAAAUACAUAAAUAAAUAAGGUAAAAACAGUUUUCAUUUCACAGCCUGUAAUAGUCUGGACUAAACUAAGCAGCCUGGGAAAACCCACUAAUUUUUGUUUUGUUGUUGUAUGUGUACUUUGUUUUUUGAAGAUGGUCUUUUUCUGACUGCAUACUGUAUGUGCAUAUGUACAAAAGAAUACUAAGAUGUGAACCAGAUUUACUACUCACCUACUCUGAUGCGAAGCUACCCUGCAGAAGGCCACGUGACAUCUUUUUUGGUUGGGGAUUCCUCCUUUUUGUGAACUUGUUCAUUUUAUAUUGUGGAUGGAUGAUGUUUGGCUUCAGCCUGUUGCAUCGAAGUCUCACCACUACCCUGCUGCAUCACUGGAAGUACAUGCAUGAUAUGUCAUUCUCUGGGAUUUACAACUGAUAAAUUACCAAUGGAAACCUGCAAAAAUAUCGCAAUAAGCUACUUAGAGGGAUCCCUUGCAUUUAUGCUUUAAUAUACACAAACACACACAUUAUUGUGUUUCCGUCACUUCAGGGGACAUGACAUUGACUUACCAAGUCAGAACUCUACAAUGUAUUAAACUACAUUUUGGGGACUUGUUUAUUCUCCAUAAGGACAUUGAGUCCCUACAACUGUAAACAGAUGUAUCUCCACUCCUGAGUAACACCCUUCAGCACACACAAACAUCUUCUCUUCCUCUCUGCAUGCAGUGCCACAUGUGCAAGACACAAAGGUCAGGGAACACCGUCUGCUGUAACACUGACACAUACUGUUCAGCCUUUGGCAUUAUCUUUAUACAGUAGCUUCUGCACAGUGGGUGACUUUCUUCUUUAAUGGCAUGUGCAGAAACAACCAUUUUUUUCUAGCUAGACCUUUCUUCUUCAUUGGAUGGAUGCCAUGGUUUUUAUGCUCCUUCCUAAGUCAUACUGCACAAAUCUUAAACUGUGAUUGCACCAGCUUCUUAAUACUGUUCUUUCUUUAUUCCUUUUUUUAAAAUAAACAUGCUGUAUAGGCAAAUGAAUAGCUGGGAGGGAGGCAUCUUUAUGUUGUAUCUGUAUUUUAGCCAGUUUUAGAGAAUAUAUCUGGAACUGUUUAAAAAAAAGGCAAGGAAACUCUGUCAGGGUUAACAAUUAACAGCUUAGAAUACAAAGGUAAAUUUGGGAACUAUUGUUAAAUUAGUUCAGUCCAUCCCCCUCCUUCUGCUUGCUGAUGAAUGAGGGAGGAUGAAUUGCAGUCCUCAAAUGCUUUUUGUAAUUAAGUGAGACAAGUUACAGGGAGCCGUGUUCUCCAGAGAGUUCUUUUUAAUCCAAGCCAUAAUGGUGUCAUUGACACUUCAGGGCCAUCCUGUAGUUCAUGGUAGCUUUUAGUUUCAUUUAGAAUGUGAUGACUGGUCCACAACACUGCUCCAUGUCCAGAUAUCUUUUCAGCCUCCUGCCUGUAUCUUCACAGUGUGAAAUCUUUCCACUUUUCAUAUCCAUGGAGUAACCUGAUCCCAGGCCUCUGGUAUGAGUAUUUAUUACAACAUAACAAGGGCACAAUAAAUGCCCUUUCAUGUUUUCUCUAUCAACACUGUUUGUUUGCUUUAGAUACAGAUAAUUUCAUUUUCUUUAGAGUGGCAGUUGAGAAAUGAGUGGUUUGGAAAAGGAGUGGUUUGGAUGACUGCCAACAAGCUAAACCUGUCAACAAGUUCUCUCUUUUGUUUGAUUACAAACCUGGUACAUAAUGUGGUCAUUUGCUGCAAUCAAAAGCACAUUAUAUUUUACUGUUGUCCCUGGUAGGCUAGUGGUUAAGGCGCAGCGCUCUCACCACUAUAUAUUUUCCUUCUUUUUGUUACUGCCUGUAUCUUCACAGUGUGAAAUCUUUCCACUGUUCAUAUUUAAUGAAUGAAACUGUGUUUGCACUGAUAAAUGAGUUCCGGACUCUUUGUAAGCACAUUUACAUUUUAAAACAUUACAUGUAAUACAUUUUAAUGUCAGGGUACUUGAAUAAUUAGAGGAAAACAAGAUAGAGCCAUUGUCGUCUCAACUACCCAACUACCCUCCUUCCAUCUUUCCACUACCACAUCCUAGGUACAUAAAUCCCAAUGAGUCAAUGGGGUUGGUGAGACAUAGAAGUGCCUUUGUUAAUGUGUAGUAUGUAGCCUUCUUGUUGUGCUGUUGCAUUUGGAGAAAGGCUUUGACUGGCUUGGGAGUAAUAAGUUAUCAGUACCUUUUACUGAUUGCUGAGAAGAAAGCCUGAUCAAUUGUGUGCUGUUGUUCUCUGUGGGUAAAGACACAUAGAGACAGGGACAGACAGCCAAUAUGAUGACAGAGAGAGGCAGCUGACGCACAGCUAUUACAUAUAAAUAUACAAUGUGUUUGUGUCUGCAUGUCAGAUGGAUGAAGAGGGGUUCUCAUUAUUUUUUGAGGAAGACACAUGUUGCUAAAAAAGCUUAUACAGGAUGUUACUAUAGUGCAUGCGUGCAUCCAUGUGCAGUGAAGGGAGGAUUUGGUGCAGUGAAAAUCUUCUGUGUAAUUGUGCAGCAGUGCCCCCCCCAGAUCUAGCUCUCUAUCGGUUUCUGCAUGCUGAGGUUUAUGUAAAAGCCUUACAUAACACCAUAACACUCACUUAUAUCAAUCCACCAGAUCAAAAGUAGCAAUGCUGACCCUGAGAGUGGUGCAUGUUGGUAUGUGCUUGUGUGUCAGCAGAACUCAUUAUUAAUUUACAACCCACAGUAAAGCAGUAGUAAACACUCAUCCUGGGCGUUGGUGAGACACAGAAGUGAUUUUGUUCUGUUUGCAUAAGUCCUUAUGCAAAUCACCAAAGAAGAGAACAAGAUUGCAAAACACACAACAAAAGAGGGAGAACAACACUUACUGAGAAUAUGAGUAAGGGUUUGUUUGGGUUCAGUGCUCUAAAUGAGGCUUUUAUUUAGCCUAUGCAACUUUUGAUGAACAGCUGCCUUAGUUGGCAAUAAUGAGGAAACUGUAUGCUAAAACACAGUGUAAUAGUUGCAGAGGAAAAGCAAAGCAGCCUCUGUAAUGUCAGUUACACAGCAAUAUCUGUUUAAAGUUUUAAGCAUUAGACCCACCAUAAGCUACUGGCUAUACCAGAGCAACUAAGGCAGUGGCAACACAUCUCCUCUAAACAAGAUAUGCUUUAUUGCUUAUACGUUAACCUUUUUAGUUUUAAAACUGAAUGUGUUAUUUUAUCUGUCUUAAAGUUUCACAACAGUGCUUUAAUAUGUGAAGGUAGAUGUGUAGAAGAAUAAGAAGCUUUAUUUUAUUAUAACAUGUACAACAAAAUUUUAUUUGGAGCCAAGGGCCCCAGGCUGCUGCAUGCGGAUGUGCCACCAUCACGGGUAACUUGGGGCUUCAAUGUCUUGCCCAAGGACACUUUGACAUGUGGACUGCAGGCACAGAGAUUUGAACUUCUGAACUUCCAACCGGAGACAACUGCUCUACCCACUGCACUACUGUCGCCCCAUACGUUUAUAAUGUAUACAGUAAACAUUUAAAUGAUCAGUGUGUUGUAACAAGCUCUUUUCUAGUUAGCACCUGGAAUUCUUUCAGCUGUCCAAAUAAAAAGCUAUAAAACUAUAAAACAAUACAAAGAUUUUUUUGGCCUAAGCUAAAAUGAUAUCUAC